AUGUCGACCGUUCGGUUACCGUUCCUCUACCCGCAUUUAUUUCGGGCAGCCCGCUUCGGCGAGUCUUCAGCUCACGGAGCAAAGAUCCGAUGUCGCAAGUCUUCGAAUAAUAACCCGCGCAUGGUGGCAUUCUCAUCUUCCACUCCCUCAAGACAGGCUGUCUUUGAGAGGCAUGGUAAAGCCAUCGAGCCGUUGCCCGUCACGCCCGACGUUGUAAACCUCCCUGCGCCAGGCGCAGAUCCCGCGAAACUAUCGAGCUUCUCGAAUGCGGAGCCGCCUAGCAAGGAGGAUGCAAACAAGGGAAAGAAAGCAGCUCAAGAACAUCAAACGCCAGAGGAGAAAGUAGCAAAAGAACCCGGUGAUGCUGAGGUUCCUCCACCAGGGGCGUCUACAGUCUCCGCCUCCUUAUCUUCGAGUCCUCAGCAAGCUGCAACAGAGGCCAAGAUGCAAGAAAGCGGUCCGAUGGAAGCAGUGUUACAUAUGCCUCCUCCCGAAACAUAUCACCAUCCCCAUCUAUCAGCUUCCCCUUACGUUCAUCACUUCGACACUUACACUCUUGUGAAGCAGUUAGAGGAAGGUGGGUAUAGCACGGCGCAAGCUACUACAGUCAUGAAAGCUAUUAGAGGACUACUAGCUCAGAAUCUAGACGUUGCCCAAGAUGGACUAGUGAGCAAAAGCGACGUGGAUAAUGAGACGUAUUUGUUUCGCGCUGCGUGCUCGGAACUCAGUGCUGAGGUAAAGAACAAUAAGAGGGCUGCCGACGAAACAACACGUCAGCAGCGAACCCAGUUGCAGCACGAAGUUGAUAUUCUAAGCCAACGGAUGACCCAGGAUCUCAUGACACUAAAGGAUGAUGUCAAGGGCAUGUUCAACGACCGCCGGAUGAAUGUGAGAGAAGAACAGAGGACGAUGGAGAGCGUGAUCCAACAGCUCAACCUGAAAAUUAGCGUGACUCUCAACAGUGAUUCCAGAUCGGACAUUGAGGGGCUACGCUGGGUGCUAAUUCGGCGAUCCGUCUUGGGUAUAAUUUUCAUGGCGGUGUUAACUCUAGGGACUCUGCGAUACGCAACAUAUGUUAAACAUGAGAGGCGGAGGGAAGCAGAGGAAAAGGCUCGGCAUACUGAAAGACUCAGGAACAGUCUAGGAAGGGAAGAUCACGCCCCUCCUUUCGAUGCGGCGGAAAUUCUGGCGGCAAAUUAA